CCGUGUCCGAAUUUACUGACCUCCCCAAUGUCCAACAGCAGCUUCUUUCUGCUAUGAGGACUGUCAUUGUACAGGUCACGACCAUGACACCAACAGUAAUACCAACAAUACUAGUUGAGAGUCAGGCUCCCAGGAGGGAUGUCGUGUUCUUGCUGGAUGGAUCUGAUGGCACUAGGAGUGGAUUCCCAGCAAUGCGGGACUUUGUUCAAAGAGUGGUGGAGACACUCGGUGUGGAUGAGAACAAAGAUCGCGUUGCUGUGGUCCAGUACAGUAGAGAUCCAGCUGCCCAAUUCUAUCUGAACACCUACACAACAAAAGGAGAGAUUCUCAACACUGUAAGAGGUCUGAGACACAAAGGUGGGAGACCUCUCAACACUGGAGCAGCUCUCCAGUACGUGAGAGACAAUGUCUUUACUGCCUCCUCCGGAAGUCGACGCUUUGAAGGUGUUCCACAGUUACUGAUUCUGCUGAGUGGUGGAAGGUCCUUUGACAAUGUUGACACUCCAGCUUCUGCUCUGAAGGAGCUUGGGGUCUUGAUCUUUGGAAUUGGAACAAGGAGUUCUGAUAGCAGAGAAUUGCAGAGGAUAUCACAUGAUCCCAGUUACGCUCUGUCUGUCUCUGACUUCACUGACCUUCCAAACAUCCAGCAGCAACUUCUGUCCUCGGUGGAGGCAGUUGUUAUUGACGUUACUCCAGAAUCGCCAACAGUUUUAGUUGAUCAUGACACCUCCAGAAAGGAUGUGGUAUUCCUUGUGGAUGGUUCUGAUGGCGCAAGGAAUGGAUUCCCAGCAAUGCGUGAUUUUGUUCAGAGAGUAGUGGGGAAACUCAAUGUGGGAGGAGACAAAGACCGCGUUUCUGUUGUCCAGUACGGUAGAGAUCAAGAAGUUCAUUUCUAUCUGAACACAUACACCACCAAGGAGGACAUUCUUGACACUGUCAGAAGUCUGAGGCACAGAGGAGGUAGACCCCUUAACACUGGGGCAGCCCUCCAAUACGUAAGGGACAACGUCUUUACUGCCUCCUCAGGAAGCAGAAGCCAAGAGGGCGUCCCUCAGAUGCUGAUACUUCUGAGUGGGGGAAGGUCCAGUGAUAAUGUUGACAUACCAGCUUCUGCCCUGAAAAAGAGUGGGGUCUUGAUCUUUGGCAUUGGAACCAGAAAUUCCAGCAGAGAGGUCGAAAGGAUUGCCACUGAUCCUAGUUUUUCCCAGUCUGUUUCUGAAUUCACUGACCUCCCCAGCGUCCAGGAGCAGUUUUUCUCCACACUCAUAACUGUACAAGUUGAGGCUACACCCAUAACCCCAACAGUCAUAGUGGACCAAAGCAUUGCCAGAAAGGAUGUAGUAUUCCUGCUGGAUGGUUCUGAUGGCACUAAGAAUGGCUUCCCAGCAAUGCGUGACUUUGUUCAAAGAGUGGUAGAGAAACUCACUGUGGAGGAAAACAGAGAUCGAGUCUCUGUGGUCCAGUAUAGCAGAGAAUCAGAGGCCCACUUCUAUCUGAACACUUAUACAACAAAGGAAGAUGUUGUGGAGACCGUAAGAGGCCUGAGGCACAAAGGAGGGAGACCCCUCAACACUGGGGCAGCUCUCCAGUAUGUCAGGGACAAUGUCUUUAUUGCCUCCUCCGGAAGUAGGCGCCUUGAAGGUGUUCCACAGAUUCUGAUACUGUUGAAUGGUGGAAGGUCCUUUGACAAUGUAGAUACACCAGCGUCUGCUCUCAAGGAGCUUGGUGUCUUGGUGUUUGGAAUUGGAACAAGGAGCUCUGAUAGCAGAGAAUUACAAAAGAUAUCCUAUGACCCCAGCUAUGCUCUUUCCGUGUCUGAAUUUACUGACCUCCCCAAUGUCCAACAGCAGCUUCUUUCUGCUAUAAGCACUGUCAUUGUACAGGUGACAACCAUGACACCAACAGUAAUACCAACAAUACUAGUUGAGAGUCAGGCUCCCAGGAGGGAUGUCGUGUUCUUGCUGGAUGGAUCUGAUGGCACUAGGAGUGGAUUCCCAGCAAUGCGGGACUUUGUUCAAAGAGUGGUGGAGACACUCGGUGUGGAUGAGAACAAAGAUCGCGUUGCUGUGGUCCAGUACAGUAGAGAUCCAGCUGCCCAAUUCUAUCUGAACACCUACACAACAAAAGGAGAGAUUCUCAACACUGUAAGAGGUCUGAGACACAAAGGUGGGAGACCUCUCAACACUGGAGCAGCUCUCCAGUACGUGAGAGACAAUGUCUUUACUGCCUCCUCCGGAAGUCGACGCUUUGAAGGUGUUCCACAGUUACUGAUUCUGCUGAGUGGUGGAAGGUCCUUUGACAAUGUUGACACUCCAGCUUCUGCUCUGAAGGAGCUUGGGGUCUUGAUCUUUGGAAUUGGAACAAGGAGUUCUGAUAGCAGAGAAUUGCAGAGGAUAUCACAUGAUCCCAGUUACGCUCUGUCUGUCUCUGACUUCACUGACCUUCCAAACAUCCAGCAGCAACUUCUGUCCUCGGUGGAGGCAGUUGUUAUUGACGUUACUCCAGAAUCGCCAACAGUUUUAGUUGAUCAUGACACCUCCAGAAAGGAUGUGGUAUUCCUUGUGGAUGGUUCUGAUGGCGCAAGGAAUGGAUUCCCAGCAAUGCGUGAUUUUGUUCAGAGAGUAGUGGGGAAACUCAAUGUGGGAGGAGACAAAGACCGCGUUUCUGUUGUCCAGUACGGUAGAGAUCAAGAAGUUCAUUUCUAUCUGAACACAUACACCACCAAGGAGGACAUUCUUGACACUGUCAGAAGUCUGAGGCACAGAGGAGGUAGACCCCUUAACACUGGGGCAGCCCUCCAAUACGUAAGGGACAACGUCUUUACUGCCUCCUCAGGAAGCAGAAGCCAAGAGGGCGUCCCUCAGAUGCUGAUACUUCUGAGUGGGGGAAGGUCCAGUGAUAAUGUUGACAUACCAGCUUCUGCCCUGAAAAAGAGUGGGGUCUUGAUCUUUGGCAUUGGAACCAGAAAUUCCAGCAGAGAGGUCGAAAGGAUUGCCACUGAUCCUAGUUUUUCCCAGUCUGUUUCUGAAUUCACUGACCUCCCCAGCGUCCAGGAGCAGUUUUUCUCCACACUCAUAACUGUACAAGUUGAGGCUACACCCAUAACCCCAACAGUCAUAGUGGACCAAAGCAUUGCCAGAAAGGAUGUAGUAUUCCUGCUGGAUGGUUCUGAUGGCACUAAGAAUGGCUUCCCAGCAAUGCGUGACUUUGUUCAAAGAGUGGUAGAGAAACUCACUGUGGAGGAAAACAGAGAUCGAGUCUCUGUGGUCCAGUAUAGCAGAGAAUCAGAGGCCCACUUCUAUCUGAACACUUAUACAACAAAGGAAGAUGUUGUGGAGACCGUAAGAGGCCUGAGGCACAAAGGAGGGAGACCCCUCAACACUGGGGCAGCUCUCCAGUAUGUCAGGGACAAUGUCUUUAUUGCCUCCUCCGGAAGUAGGCGCCUUGAAGGUGUUCCACAGAUUCUGAUACUGUUGAAUGGUGGAAGGUCCUUUGACAAUGUAGAUACACCAGCGUCUGCUCUCAAGGAGCUUGGUGUCUUGGUGUUUGGAAUUGGAACAAGGAGCUCUGAUAGCAGAGAAUUACAAAAGAUAUCCUAUGACCCCAGCUAUGCUCUUUCCGUGUCUGAAUUUACUGACCUCCCCAAUGUCCAACAGCAGCUUCUUUCUGCUAUAAGCACUGUCAUUGUACAGGUGACAACCAUGACACCAACAGUAAUACCAACAAUACUAGUUGAGAGUCAGGCUCCCAGGAGGGAUGUCGUGUUCUUGCUGGAUGGAUCUGAUGGCACUAGGAGUGGAUUCCCAGCAAUGCGGGACUUUGUUCAAAGAGUGGUGGAGACACUCGGUGUGGAUGAGAACAAAGAUCGCGUUGCUGUGGUCCAGUACAGUAGAGAUCCAGCUGCCCAAUUCUAUCUGAACACCUACACAACAAAAGGAGAGAUUCUCAACACUGUAAGAGGUCUGAGACACAAAGGUGGGAGACCUCUCAACACUGGAGCAGCUCUCCAGUACGUGAGAGACAAUGUCUUUACUGCCUCCUCCGGAAGUCGACGCUUUGAAGGUGUUCCACAGUUACUGAUUCUGCUGAGUGGUGGAAGGUCCUUUGACAAUGUUGACACUCCAGCUUCUGCUCUGAAGGAGCUUGGGGUCUUGAUCUUUGGAAUUGGAACAAGGAGUUCUGAUAGCAGAGAAUUGCAGAGGAUAUCACAUGAUCCCAGUUACGCUCUGUCUGUCUCUGACUUCACUGACCUUCCAAACAUCCAGCAGCAACUUCUGUCCUCGGUGGAGGCAGUUGUUAUUGACGUUACUCCAGAAUCGCCAACAGUUUUAGUUGAUCAUGACACCUCCAGAAAGGAUGUGGUAUUCCUUGUGGAUGGUUCUGAUGGCGCAAGGAAUGGAUUCCCAGCAAUGCGUGAUUUUGUUCAGAGAGUAGUGGGGAAACUCAAUGUGGGAGGAGACAAAGACCGUGUUUCUGUUGUCCAGUACGGUAGAGAUCAAGAAGUUCAUUUCUAUCUGAACACAUACACCACCAAGGAGGACAUUCUUGACACUGUCAGAAGUCUGAGGCACAGAGGAGGUAGACCCCUUAACACUGGGGCAGCCCUCCAAUACGUAAGGGACAACGUCUUUACUGCCUCCUCAGGAAGCAGAAGCCAAGAGGGCGUCCCUCAGAUGCUGAUACUUCUGAGUGGGGGGAAGAGUGGGGUCUUGAUCUUUGGCAUUGGAACCAGAAAUUCCAGCAGAGAGGUUCAAAGGAUUGCCACUGAUCCUAGUUUUUCCCAGUCUGUUUCUGAAUUCACUGACCUCCCCAGCAUCCAGGAGCAGUUUUUCUCCACACUCAUAACUGUAAAAGUUGAGGCUACACCCAUAACCCCAACAGUCAUAGUGGACCAAAGCAUUGCCAGAAAGGAUGUAGUAUUCCUGCUGGAUGGUUCUGAUGGCACUAAGAAUGGCUUCCCAGCAAUGCGUGACUUUGUUCAAAGAGUGGUAGAGAAACUCACUGUGGAGGAAAACAGAGAUCGAGUCUCUGUGGUCCAGUAUAGCAGAGAAUCAGAGGCCCACUUCUAUCUGAACACUCAUACAACAAAGGAAGACGUUGUGGAGACCGUAAGAGGCCUGAGGCACAAAGGAGGGAGACCCCUCAACACUGGGGCAGCUCUCCAGUAUGUCAGGGACAAUGUCUUUACUGCCUCCUCCGGAAGUAGGCGCCUUGAAGGUGUUCCACAGAUUCUGAUACUGUUGAAUGGUGGAAGGUCCUUUGACAAUGUAGAUACACCAGCGUCUGCUCUCAAGGAGCUUGGUGUCUUGGUGUUUGGAAUUGGAACAAGGAGCUCUGAUAGCAGAGAAUUACAAAAGAUAUCCUAUGACCCCAGCUAUGCUCUUUCCGUGUCUGAAUUUACUGACCUCCCCAAUGUCCAACAGCAGCUUCUUUCUGCUAUAAGCACUGUCAUUGUACAGGUGACAACCAUGACACCAACAGUAAUACCAACAAUACUAGUUGAGAGUCAGGCUCCCAGGAGGGAUGUCGUGUUCUUGCUGGAUGGAUCUGAUGGCACUAGGAGUGGAUUCCCAGCAAUGCGGGACUUUGUUCAAAGAGUGGUGGAGACACUCGGUGUGGAUGAGAACAAAGAUCGCGUUGCUGUGGUCCAGUACAGUAGAGAUCCAGCUGCCCAAUUCUAUCUGAACACCUACACAACAAAAGGAGAGAUUCUCAACACUGUAAGAGGUCUGAGACACAAAGGUGGGAGACCUCUCAACACUGGAGCAGCUCUCCAGUACGUGAGAGACAAUGUCUUUACUGCCUCCUCCGGAAGUCGACGCUUUGAAGGUGUUCCACAGUUACUGAUUCUGCUGAGUGGUGGAAGGUCCUUUGACAAUGUUGACACUCCAGCUUCUGCUCUGAAGGAGCUUGGGGUCUUGAUCUUUGGAAUUGGAACAAGGAGUUCUGAUAGCAGAGAAUUGCAGAGGAUAUCACAUGAUCCCAGUUACGCUCUGUCUGUCUCUGACUUCACUGACCUUCCAAACAUCCAGCAGCAACUUCUGUCCUCGGUGGAGGCAGUUGUUAUUGACGUUACUCCAGAAUCGCCAACAGUUUUAGUUGAUCAUGACACCUCCAGAAAGGAUGUGGUAUUUCUUGUGGAUGGUUCUGAUGGCGCAAGGAAUGGAUUCCCAGCAAUGCGUGAUUUUGUUCAGAGAGUAGUGGGGAAACUCAAUGUGGGAGGAGACAAAGACCGCGUUUCUGUUGUCCAGUACGGUAGAGAUCAAGAAGUUCAUUUCUAUCUGAACACAUACACCACCAAGGAGGACAUUCUCGACACUGUCAGAAGUCUGAGGCACAGAGGAGGUAGACCCCUUAACACUGGGGCAGCCCUCCAAUACGUAAGGGACAACGUCUUUACUGCCUCCUCAGGAAGCAGAAGCCAAGAGGGCGUCCCUCAGAUGCUGAUACUUCUGAGUGGGGGAAGGUCCAGUGAUAAUGUUGACAUACCAGCUUCUGCCCUGAAAAAGAGUGGGGUCUUGAUCUUUGGCAUUGGAACCAGAAAUUCCAGCAGAGAGGUCGAAAGGAUUGCCACUGAUCCUAGUUUUUCCCAGUCUGUUUCUGAAUUCACUGACCUCCCCAGCGUCCAGGAGCAGUUUUUCUCCACACUCAUAACUGUACAAGUUGAGGCUACACCCAUAACCCCAACAGUCAUAGUGGACCAAAGCAUUGCCAGAAAGGAUGUAGUAUUCCUGCUGGAUGGUUCUGAUGGCACUAAGAAUGGCUUCCCAGCAAUGCGUGACUUUGUUCAAAGAGUGGUAGAGAAACUCACUGUGGAGGAAAACAGAGAUCGAGUCUCUGUGGUCCAGUAUAGCAGAGAAUCAGAGGCCCACUUCUAUCUGAACACUUAUACAACAAAGGAAGACGUUGUGGAGACCGUAAGAGGCCUGAGGCACAAAGGAGGUAGACCCCUCAACACUGGGGCAGCUCUCCAGUAUGUCAGGGACAAUGUCUUUAUUGCCUCCUCCGGAAGUAGGCGCCUUGAAGGUGUUCCACAGAUUCUGAUACUGUUGAAUGGUGGAAGGUCCUUUGACAAUGUAGAUACACCAGCGUCUGCUCUCAAGGAGCUUGGUGUCUUGGUGUUUGGAAUUGGAACAAGGAGCUCUGAUAGCAAAGAAUUACAAAAGAUAUCCUAUGACCCCAGCUAUGCUCUUUCCGUGUCUGAAUUUACUGACCUCCCCAAUGUCCAACAGCAGCUUCUUUCUGCUAUAAGCACUGUCAUUGUACAGGUGACAACCAUGACACCAACAGUAAUACCAACAAUACUAGUUGAGAGUCAGGCUCCCAGGAGGGAUGUCGUGUUCUUGCUGGAUGGAUCUGAUGGCACUAGGAGUGGAUUCCCAGCAAUGCGGGACUUUGUUCAAAGAGUGGUGGAGACACUCGGUGUGGAUGAGAACAAAGAUCGCGUUGCUGUGGUCCAGUACAGUAGAGAUCCAGCUGCCCAAUUCUAUCUGAACACCUACACAACAAAAGGAGAGAUUCUCAACACUGUAAGAGGUCUGAGACACAAAGGUGGGAGACCUCUCAACACUGGAGCAGCUCUCCAGUACGUGAGAGACAAUGUCUUUACUGCAUCCUCCGGAAGUCGACGCUUUGAAGGUGUUCCACAGUUACUGAUUCUGCUGAGUGGUGGAAGGUCCUUUGACAAUGUUGACACUCCAGCUUCUGCUCUGAAGGAGCUUGGGGUCUUGAUCUUUGGAAUUGGAACAAGGAGUUCUGAUAGCAGAGAAUUGCAGAGGAUAUCACAUGAUCCCAGUUACGCUCUGUCUGUCUCUGACUUCACUGACCUUCCAAACAUCCAGCAGCAACUUCUGUCCUCGGUGGAGGCAGUUGUUAUUGACGUUACUCCAGAAUCGCCAACAGUUUUAGUUGAUCAUGACACCUCCAGAAAGGAUGUGGUAUUCCUUGUGGAUGGUUCUGAUGGCGCAAGGAAUGGAUUCCCAGCAAUGCGUGAUUUUGUUCAGAGAGUAGUGGGGAAACUCAAUGUGGGAGGAGACAAAGACCGUGUUUCUGUUGUCCAGUACGGUAGAGAUCAAGAAGUUCAUUUCUAUCUGAACACAUACACCACCAAGGAGGACAUUCUUGACACUGUCAGAAGUCUGAGGCACAGAGGAGGUAGACCCCCUUAA